AAACUCUCCACCAACAAACACCAAGAGGGGACGGGACAUAUAAGAAAAAGGAAAAUGAUUAUUCCAAUUCGUUGUUUUUCUUGUGGAAAGGUUAUCGGCGACAAAUGGGACACCUAUCUUACCCUUCUCCAGGAAGACAACACUGAAGGUGAAGCCUUGGACAAGUUAGGUUUACAGCGCUACUGCUGCAGACGUAUGAUCCUUACUCAUGUCGACUUGAUUGAAAAGUUACUUUGUUACAAUCCUCUGUCAAAGCAAAAGAAUAUGUAAAUUCCACACAUAUCGGUCUGAACCACAACAAGACCAAGGAAAAUGAUCGAGUCGCUUUUUUGGAUAUGUGAGAAUAAAGCCGGAUUUUUUUGAACAAGAGGCUGUUGAUAUUGUCUCUGCUUACGGCUUACUUGAAGAAUUUAUUAUUUCAAUGCAAUUUCUUUGAGCUAUCAGAAUAGUUUUUUCAUGGGUAUAUGAAAAACCGAAAGCUGUUGCUGUUUAAUCGAAAACGGAAUUGAAUUUCGACGUUUCCGGAUGAGUUGGACUUUUCAUGUUAUUUUUAUUUUUAGUCUUAUAAUUCGCAUAUAGAAUGUUUGGGUAAUCCAAUUGGAUUGAUUUUUUGGUGAUUUGGUAAAUUACAUCUAUGUAUUGGAAGGUGCAA